CCCCAUCCUGACCCUGCUGUCCCGUGGGGACGACACCAAGAACCGAAUCAUCCAGACCCAGGGGGUUCUGCUGCUGCUCUGUGUGGGGGGACCCGGACUCCUCCUGCUCUUCAGGAAGCGUUGGGCCAACGAGCAGCGGGAGCAGAGCAAGAAAAGUGAAAGUGAGGAGGAGAGGAUCUACGAGGGUCUGGACCUGGCAGAGUGCUCCAUGUACGAGGACAUCUCCAGGGGGGGGGGGCACCCACCUGCCAGGACGUGGGGACCCUGCUGGAGCCCCCCCUGGAGAAACCAUGGAGGGACCCUCAUGUGGGGACCCCUCCCCCCGUGGGGACCCCGCAUCUGAAGAAACC